UGUGCAUCAGCAGUUUAUGCUGACCAUGGUGUUGCGGUUCUACGUACGGAGAUACCCUUCUACGACUCCUAUUGCAGCAUAUACACCUUUGGCAACCGGCAGGAUCGGCACUCAUGUAUCGAAAGUUUCAUCCAUCGGAUUCGCUGUUAACGAGUGCAUGUGACAGCAGUCCGCCUCGCGACCGUCGCAGAUUAUAUGGGACAUGUGACAUCGCAAGCAUCUUCAGCAAACGACAUGACGCGUACGAAUACCAAACUGCGACGCUGCGCGACUACUUAUAGGAAUCGCAACUACCUACCACUACCGGUACAUUGCUUCGAGUCAUCACGGCUACGUUUUCAUGACCGAACAUAUGUACACUUUCCUUCGCCUUCCAGCCAGUCGCGACAUCAGCAUCCUUGCGAGUUUCACCUACUGACAUUUAUAACAGAGGUGCGCAAUGUCAUAUACCGCAUCGCUUGCAACUCUGAAGCGAGCAGCCUUGAAUAUGAUCGUCUCACACUCAGAAGAAAGGGCGACACCGGUCAGACUGACAGCUUCUUCAAGCUCGCUCAUGUGAACGGACAAUUUCGAAAUGAAUAUCUUCCCCUUUACUUUCAAAGUCGUUUGUCUUGUAUACGGUACGUUGGCAUGGCCGCAUACACACAAUACUUUCUGAUUCCGCAUCAAUCCAUUGGUGACACUGUUACAUUGGAUAUGGCUGGCACAGCAGCAACGUUGUCUAACGACAAAGUCGACAUGCAUUCUUUCUUGAUUUCGUAGCAAAGCACCCUCAAAUCAACGUGGAUCUCGCCUGCGAGCAUUAGUAUGAAGGCUGCCCGUGACAACCAGGUCACUCCUCCCCACCUGACCACCUGGUGUACACCAUAUAGCACCC